UCCGCCCGGGCUUCAUACUCUGCUUUCCUCGGAUAUUCCUGCACUUUCUUUCUGAUGACGGCUUGUUCUCCUCGACGCUAUCCUGGCGCGUAAACCGCCCGUGCACCGUGCGCGUAAUGACCACAACUGAUCCAUGUCUGUGGCGGACUGCAAUGGACGCGCUCAGCCAGGAUGGUCCAAUGAUGGAGUUCCUGCACACCCAAGAUACUUGCAGAAAAUGAGAAGGAACUAAUUCUUCAUGUUGUUGUGUCACAUCAAGUUGGCUAUGGCGGUCAGGAAGCUGCAUCCGGACUCCAAACCUUUGUCUAAAGUCUACAUUCUCAUUUGGCUGCUGCUCAUCUUCACUCCCAGGGUGGAUUCAUCGUGGUGGUACAUUGGAGCGUUGGGGGCACGGGUGAUCUGCGACAACAUUCCGGGCUUGGUGAACAAGCAGCGGCAGCUCUGCCAGCGCCACCCGGACUUGAUGCAGUCCAUCGGGGAGGGCGCCAAGGAGUGGAUCAAGGAGUGCCAGCACCAGUUCAGACACCAGCGCUGGAACUGCAGCACCCUGGACCGGGACCACACUGUGUUUGGCAGGGUGAUGCUGCGAAGCAGCAGAGAGGCAGCGUUCGUGUACGCCAUCUCCUCGGCCGGCGUGGUCUACGCCAUCACCAGGGCGUGCAGCCAGGGCGAGAUCAAGAUCUGCAACUGCGACGGCCACAAGCGAGGCCAAGCCAGCGACCACAGGGGAAACUUUGACUGGGGUGGCUGCAGUGACAACAUCAACUACGGCAUCAAGUUCGCAAAGGCCUUCGUGGACGCUCGUGAGAGGAUGGUGAAGGAUGCUCGGGCCCUCAUGAACCUGCACAACAACCGCUGUGGACGAAUGGCAGUGAAGCGCUUCAUGAAGCUGGAGUGCAAGUGUCACGGCGUCAGCGGCUCCUGUUCCGUGAGGACCUGCUGGCUGGCCAUGUCUGACUUCAGGCGGACGGGCGACUACCUCCGCAAGAAGUACAACACGGCUGUGGAGGUGACCAUGAAUCAGGACGGCACAGGCUUCAUGGUGGCUGACAGGGACUUCAAGGGCAGCACCAAGAAUGAACUGGUGUACGUUGAGAACUCGCCCGAUUACUGCCUCAUGGACCGAGCGGCAGGUAUCAAGAAAAUCCUCGGACGAAGCUCCUUGGGAACGGCGGGCCGAGUAUGCAACAAAUCGUCGCGCGGCACAGAUGGCUGCGAGGUCAUGUGCUGUGGGCGGGGCUACGACACCAUGCGGGUCAAACGCCUCAGCCAGUGCGAGUGCAAGUUUAAGUGGUGCUGCAAGGUCGAGUGCAAAGACUGUGAGGACACUGUGGACAUUCACACUUGCAAGCCUCACAAGCGACCUGAUUGGUUGGACCUAAACUAACCAUCACGCCACGGUGCAUUGUGGGAUGUAGUGACGAGGAUUUCUUCCACUAUGAAACAUUUUCCCAGGAUCUUCAUUGACCGAAAACUGGAAAAUAUGCCCUGUUGUCAAUUGUGAGCUGCUUUAUUUGUGGAACUUUUGAUAUGGCUGAAUAUUGUUGCGCAUAUGCACCAGUAGUUGACAGUACUAACAAUAGCCGUAAUAUUUAGCACACCGAGGGGAGAUAACCCUUUUGCAGAUAAAACACUGUCAGAGAGAGACUUUCCAUUUAAAAAGCAAUACACAGCUACUGAAAAUGAAUGAAAUUGUAUCUCCUUGCUGCUAGUGAGAACUUUCCAUCCGAGAGAGACAGACAUCUUUACAAAAGCAAGGCCUCGUGUUGACGUUGGACUUUUUUUUCCCCCCACAUUCACUUUUUUAUGCCUCAUUGAAAUCUUGUUCAUUUCUACCUCUGGUCUCUUUGUCUUUGCUUGUUUUGAGUCACACACACAACCUUAAGACCCAUUUUUUUAUUUCUGUGGAUGUUUUCCUUUUGUGGUUACAAACUAAAUUUCCAAAUAUUCAGAGUAUUUAGGUUAAGAAAAACUGCUUAAAGGUUUUUCUUUUUUCUAAAUGGUGUACAAGAAAUGAAGCACCAGUACUGAAAUCAAGCCAAGACGUUGCAAAAAGAAGCAGUCAAGUAGCAUCGGAGCCUCAAAUUGGACUUUUUAACAUCUGGUUAAUGCACCCAGAGAAGACAUGUUAAUCCACCGGAGAUCCAAACCUCACAACGGCCACUAAAUGAAUUUGACAACAAGCUACAAAAUGCAAAGCGUCAACACAUUUUUUCCAAGUGCGCGCAAUUUUGAGGAUGGGAGCCAAAGUAAAGUGUUUUGAAAAAGGCCAAACGACACGACGAGCCAAACAACAAAAAGAGAACGUAAAUGAUGAGUUUUAUCUGUGUUUACUGUGGAAUGACAUGCUCAGUGGUCACAACAAACUACAACACUUGAUAAGAGACGCAACAGAGUCGCUCUUGGCGUUGCUACGUGUCACAUUGGAAAGUAAUUGUCAAAAAUAACAACAGGCCAGCAUAGUGCGGCUGUUGCGUGAGCCAAUCACAACGUACUGUACCGCGGUUGAUAUGGUUGGUAGUGUAGAUCAUGUAAUGCUAACAUAGACUCUCCAUUUGGGUGUAAAUUUGGGAUCACAUUUGUUUUGUUCUGGAGCUCAGCAUAUCAUGCACUGUCUUGAAUGACUGAAUAAUUAUUUCCAUGACAACAUCAAAGCAAUUCUCAGAUUUCUGCUUAUUACAGAAUUCUGCUUAUUACAAGUCUGAAUCAAUCACGAUUUAAAAAAAUGAGCCUGCCAUUACCAGGCCGCGAACCAAAAAACGUUAUUUUUAGUGAGAUCUCAUAAAAAUAGAUCGUGGUGCUAGCAUGGUGCCUGUUUGUGUGGAAAUUUGGGUCAACUUUGUUUUUCCUUCUUACUGACUUCAAAGUGGCAGACUAACAGCACGCAGCAUAUCAUGUAUAUCUUGAUUAAUUACUUCCGUGACAACAUCAAAGUAAUCCUCAUAUUUCUGCAUGUUUGGGUCAGAAUCAGUCAUGAUUUUUUUUUACAAAAAGCCUGCCAUUACCAGCCCGCAAGAUAAAAUCGAUAUUUUGUGUGAGACCACAUGAAGACUGUUUGCGCUGUACAUCAUGUAUAUUACCAGUAAAUACUUUGGAGACACUUCCUCUACGUAAAUGUACAAAUGCUAACAUGGAGCCUCUCUUUGUGCAGAAAUUUAGGUCAAUUUUGUUUUUCCCUCUUCCUGACUUCAAACUGGCAUACUAACAGCAUGAAGCAUUUCAUGUACGAUCUUCAAGAAUUAUUUCUGUGACCACAUCAAAGUAAUUCUCAGAUUUCUGCAUACUAGCCAUUACCAGCCCGCAAACUAAAACCAAACCAAAACUCAUUCUCAAUAUGUCUGUUUGCGCAGUACACGUGUCCGUCCUUUAUCGUGGUAACUGGUUCCAGACCUGACAGCGAUAAGUGAAUUUCUGUGAAGUAGAAUUCAAUAUUAAUAAAUCGAAUACUGUCAUAGUUAGAGCAUAGAAAACCUGUUUAUGACCUUCUAAAAGCAUUUUUUAAAACAUUAUUAGAGCCGUGUAGACAUAAAAUAGCACCGCCUUCAUGCUCGUAUUUCCUAAUACAGUAUAGUAGACAUGACAAGUGAUGAGGAGACAUAAUAACUCACGUUAGCAUUGGGAAAGUUCCUUGUUCUUGUAGUAUCUUGACAGAAUGUGGGUCGAUCAAAAAAAAAAAGCCGAUUCCUAUCAUCCAUCCUCACUAUGACGUUUGUCACUUGAUGGACAUACAAUGCAGCCAGUCUUGACAUGAAUCUGGCAUAUAUAGACGUACACUCCAACAAUACUGCUAGCUUUGUUUACACCACAUUGCGCAAUUCUUAUGCACAGGCUAGGGGAUCUCUGAAGUGGCACAAGAGACGGCCGCCGCUUUAAACAUAGCGAUCUACCAAGCUAACUAGUUAGGCUCCAAUUGAUUUAUUCUAAACUGAAGAAUGACUUUGAACUGAGUUGGGAAGAAGGACAAAGUACGAAGAAAAAAUGUACCACUUUCACACGGAAUCGGAGCAAACUUUUUUUUCCACUAUGCCAAGUCGGACUCCAUGGCUGCAAGUUAAGGUAAUGUAAUGUAAGGCAAUGUCUCAUCGAAAUUAUAUUACUGAGGCCGCGUGACCAGAAUACGACAUAUGACGUGUCUUUCAAUAUUUUGGACUUGGGAUGACUGUACAUACAAAUAGUACUCGUCAAAAGUCCACACUUUUGACUACUAUGGCGGCUCACAUAAUGCUUGCAUAGCGCCUUUUGUGCGGAAAUUCCUGACUUCAAAGUGGCAUAUUAACAACACACAGUAUAACAAGCACUGUCAUGAAUAAUUAUUUGUCACAACAUCAAAGUAAUCCUCACAUUUCUGCAUAUUUUGGGUCAGAAUCAACCCCAUUUUUUUUUUAAAUAAGCUUGUCGCUAGCCCCAGAGCAAAACUGAUCCUUUGAGCGAGACCUCAAAGAGCUAGCUGCAAGGAUGACAGCAGUCUGUCUGGCACAAAUCUCCACAAAAAAUAUGUUACAAAUACAGUGUUCCCUCGCUACAUCGCGGUUCACCUUUCGCAGAUUCGCAAUUUUGCAUAUUAUUUUAACAGCAUAUGAAUGCGCAUUGUGUUCUGCGUCCUGGUGGUGUAUCAGAGUGAUCUAUCAGUGCUCUGUUGUAUGUGUCUGUUAUUGUAUUUACUACUGCUACCAGUAGAGCGUGUUGUAUACUCAUGUGAAAUUUGAAGAAGUGUUCAGCUCCACCUAGUGUCAGUAUGUGUUUACGUGCCUGUACGAGCAUAUUAGGAACCCACAGUAGGCAAUAGUCGGCUAAAUAUAGAGCCACAACAGUCUUUAUUGGGUAAGGCAGAACCCGCCCAUUGUGUUCUGCGUCCUGAUUGGCUGUAGACCAUUGCCAAUCAAUCUCUUUCGUGCCAUUUCCUGCAGCGGUCAAUAGUCGCUAGCAAACUCGCUAACUGUGUGAGCUGCUUGCUAACUGCAUAUAAACAACAGAAUAAGAAGAAGCUAACCGGCUAAAUGAAUCUUCGGCUCUAGGAGUAGGACGAGGAGGACGACGACAGCAGGAGCAAUAUGUGUUAACAAGGAUACAAAAACGCUUCAGCUGAACGGCGCCAGGACGAGGUAGGGUCAGAGGAGUGAAUACGCGUGAGUCACUGAAUAAUUUCUUGUGUCCGACCUAGUGGAUUGAUCAUUAAAAUUCUAACAAAAGUUUUACUUUGCGAGUGUUUAAACAAGAGAGAAUUGUGAGAAAAUGUUAAUACCUGUCUGAGAAAAGUGUAUAAAGUGUAUUAAGGGGUUUUACAGCCUUAAAACAUAUAAUAAUUGUUAACAAAUAAAGUUGUCUACUUCGCGGAUUUCUCUUAUUGCGGGCUAUUUUGGAAACCUGUCCCCCACAAUAAACGAGGGAACACUAUAUACAGUACCAAUCACCAGUUUGAAGACACUUUCUAACUCAAUAGAAUGCAAAAGUGUCUCCAGACUUUUGAAUGGAUCUGUAGGUUUGCUUAACUGUUCACCUUGGCAAAGCAGGUCCCCAAAAUACCUCCCUGCUUCUAUAUUAAACCUUGUUUAUCCAUCCUGUGUCGCUCCUAUCAUGAAUGGGAUCGAGACAAUGGUACAGUAGCUUGGCAAGCUCGAGUUCAGUUGGUUCAGUGUCAGGUGACUACAGGGGAGAUUUUUUCCAGCGACAACUGACAGAUGCUGCAUAGCAACAGUCUGAGCAUUGGUCAAGUCAACUGCCUACGAUCAUGAGAGAACCAAGAUCCUUUAUUUGCUAGAAGAUGCACUGCACUGCCAGUUUCCUCAUUUUCACGUGUUUAUCAGUUUGGAAAACAACGUCAAAAGGUAUUGGAAUACAUUGUUUGAGGUUAAGUGAAUCAUUGUGUUUGAAUGUGAAAUACAGUGGAACCUUAAAGUUGAGUUUCGGGACAAUGUUCGGCCUCCUAUGUGUUCAUAUUUCAACAAAAAAACAUUUGAAUACAAAGUGAAUGAUUCCGUUCCAGAGUUAGAACGGUUAGCACCAUAAAACAUCUAUCAGCUAUAAAGGUAAUAUGUUAAGUUAAUAUUUAAACAUUCUUAACUGUCAUGUGUACAUACUAGAGAUGUGGGAGUCAUGAAUGAAUUGUAAACUCGCAAGCUUUUUGCUGAAUUGGGAAGCACUGGUACUCAUUGCUGUUAACUCGGUCACUUACUCACCCCUGCUACCGCUAGCUAAAUUCAAAAAGGAAACCAGUUAACGUGCAAGUAUUACUCUAGCUGCCUGUGGAAGAAGCAAAAGGUCUGGCCAUUGUCUCAAAUCAACUCUCCUCCGAGCGGCGUCACAAACUCGACAAAACUAAUGAUUCAAUCGCUCAGCCCUCAGAGUCACGGGUGCUCCACAAAACUCAAGUUUCACUGACUCAUGGGCUGACAAAGACCUGUGUUGUAAUGACUCACCGGUACAUGUCAAAGACUUGAGUUUGACUGACUCACAGGUACUCGACAAAGAGUCGAGUUUCACUGACUCACCAGUGUAACUUGUUGCGAGUUCCUGCGCAUGCACUUGUAAAGUGAGUACUUUAUUUACUCAUGAAACUCGAGUCAGUAUAAGGAAUCAACUUUCCAAUCAAUAGUACCUAUCUUACAGUCAUAGAAAAAAUUAUUAGACCACCCUUGUUUCUUCAGUUUAUUGAUCCAUUUUAAUACCUGGUACAAUUAAAGGUACAUUUGUUUGGACAAAUGUAAUGAUGUAAGAGCUGAUAUCUAACCAUGGUUCCAUGGUUCUCUUGAUAAUAACCAAAAUCACUUAAGUUGUUACAUGAAUACCUAUAGCAUUGUACUGCCA